ACCCUCUCAUUUAUUACUCUUUGUUGUGCAAACCCAAAUAUAAAUGCCUCUCAUUUUGCCUCUGUGAAACCAUAAUUUCACAGACAACAGGAAGGAUGGAAUAAAAAUAACAUUGAGAGAGAGAGAGAGAGAGAGAGAGAUUGAGUUGCAGAAAUGGCGUCGAGUAAUCGUUUUUCACAUUAUUAGUUUGUGUGUGUGUUUUAGAGAGAGAGAGAGAGAGAUGAAGCGGCGGAGGUGGAAGACGUUAGGGCUGCUGAGGAAGUUGCUAACGUGCGCCAUAGGUUCAUUAGGCCUACUGGCCCUGCUCAAUGCCCACGUACGCCUGUUCCUUUCCAAGCUUCCUGACUCUUACAAGCUCCCCAUGCAACAAGAAAUUGGAUACCAAAAAUUGGGAGGAGAGAGAAGCUGGAAGCUAGAAGUAGCACCGCCUCAUUUGUCAAGAGCUCCUCUCCCUGCUCGCAAGUUGGAUGGUGCAAGGGGAAUUUUCAAUGUAUACAAGCUAUGGAAGCCGCCACCAAAUCGAGACUAUGUGCCCUGUGUUGAGCCAGGUUCUACCUACAAAUCUCCUGACGAGUCUCAAGGUUACCUUCUUGUUCAUUCAAAUGGCGGACUAAAUCAGAUGCGAGCUGGGAUAUGUGACAUGGUUGCUGUUGCCCGUAUUAUAAAUGCUACACUUGUAAUCCCAGAACUUGAUAAGCGCUCAUUUUGGCAUGACACUAGCGUAUUUUCUGAUGUGUUUGAUGAGGAUCAUUUUAUUAGUUCCUUGGCUAAUGAUGUAAUAGUCAUUAAAAAGCUUCCUAAGGAACUGGCAAAUGCUACUAGAGUAGUUAAGCACUUUAGGAGCUGGUCCGGUAUUGAUUAUUACCAGGAUGAGAUUGCUAGCUUGUGGAUGGAUUAUCAGGUUAUUCGAGCAGCUAAGUCUGAUUCUCGACUGGCAAAUAAUAAUCUGCCUCCAGACAUUCAGAAGCUGCGCUGUCGAGCUUGUUAUGAAGCCCUCCGUUUCUCACCACAAAUUGAAGCAAUGGGAAAAUUGUUGGUGGAUCGGAUGAGGUCUCAUGGUCCAUACAUUGCUUUGCAUUUACGAUAUGAAAAGGACAUGCUUGCUUUUAGUGGGUGCACACAUGAUUUAUCCCCUGAGGAAGCUGAUGAACUAAAGAUAAUCAGAGAGAACACUUCAUAUUGGAAAGUAAAGGAUAUCGAUGCCACGGAACAAAGAGCCAAAGGAUAUUGCCCCUUGACUCCAAAGGAAGUUGGAUUAUUCCUCACUGCUAUGGGAUUCCUGUCAAGCACCCCCAUAUAUAUCGCUGCUGGAGAGAUAUAUGGGGGUGAUUCUCAUAUGGUUGAUCUGCAAUCGCGCUAUCCCUUAUUAAUGAAGAAGGAAAAACUGGCAUCACCAGAGGAGCUAGAGCCUUUUGUCAAUCACUCAUCUCAAAUGGCUGCUCUGGACUACAUUGUGUCAGUUGAGAGUGAUAUAUUUAUUCCUUCAUACUCUGGAAACAUGGCAAGGGCAGUUGAGGGUCAUCGUCGUUUCUUGGGACAUAGGAAGACCAUUUCUCCCGACAGGAAAGCCCUUGUCCAACUUUUUGACAAAAUAUACCAGGGAACAAUGAGAGAAGGAAAAAAACUUUCCACUCGCAUUAUCGAAAUCCACAGAAGACGGCAAGGCUCCCCAAGGAAGAGAAAAGGCCCCAUUUCUGGAACCAAGGGCACGGAUAGGUUUCGGUCAGAAGAAGCGUUUUAUGUGAACCCUUUACCCGAUUGUUUAUGUCAAAAGGAAAUGUUGGCAUUCAACACAUCUAUCAGCAUCAGGUAGAUCAGAGUAGCAGAACAAAUUCCCGUUGUAAAAAUGUCCACAGGCCAGUCAAUUGGCAUUUCUGAUAAUUUAUUGAAGCUCAAGAAGCCAGUGCUGCCACUGUUGGAAAUUAGUGUUGCAGAACGUUUAUAUCCUGAGAAUAUUUUGGUGGCUGACAAGUUGAGUAGAACGAGGCUUCUCCUUCAAUUAUGAAGGCAUGAUUAUUUAGGCCGCGAAGUUAAUCCAAUUUUUAGUGUGGGAGAGGAGGAGAUUCGUUGACGGAGAUGAUACUUUGUGCUGUUGUUACAAUAAUGUGCUCUGUUGAGGGAUACGAUUAGUGCUGUUGUUACAAUAAUGUGCUCUGUUGAUAUAUCGUUCCAUUCAUGGGCAUUCAAUGCAAUAAAAAUAGAAUGAAUUCAUUCUUUUCACAUCA